UCGGCUGUCGCUUGUUUCCCGGUUAGAGGCGGACGAGUCGCUGAAGGAGCAAAUCAAAAUGGCGAGCCAAGAGGAGUCUGUCAGGGAGUUCGUCGCUGUUACUGAUGUGGAGGAGGAGAGAGCCCGGUUUUUCCUGGAGUCAGCAGGAUGGAAUUUGCAGCUCGCACUCGCCAGUUUCUUUGAGGAUGGAGCUGAUGAAGACAUAGUGACGCUUCCUCAGCCUGAGAUAGGCUCCUCGGUGUCUCGGUCUGCAGGGCCAAGCGCUCAGCCCAGAGUUACCUCCUUCAGAGAUAUGAUGCAUGACGCAGAGGAGGAGAGUGAUGAGGAGGAAGGCCAAAGGUUUUUUGCGGGGGGGUCGGAGCGCAGUGGGCAGCAGAUCGUAGGGCCUCCCAAGAAGAAGAGCUCCAAUGAAGUGGUGGAGGAUUUAUUCAAGGGGGCCAGAGAACAUGGGGCUGUGCCUCUGGACCGGCCUGGGAGGGGGCCAGGAGAGACCAGCAAAGCCAAGGCCUUUAUCGGUGGGGGCUACAGGCUGGGUGCAGCUCCUGAGGAGGAGUCAGCCUACGUGUCCGGAGAGAGGCGCGGCCCUAGAAGCCAGCAAGAUGUACACGUGGUGCUGAAGCUGUGGAAGACAGGCUUCAGUCUGGAUAACGGUGAUCUCAGAAACUACAGCGAUCCUGGAAAUGCCAACUUCCUCGAGGCCAUCAGAAGAGGGGAGAUUCCCCUGGAGCUGAGGCAGCGGUCCCGGGGGGGCCAAGUCAACCUGGACAUGGAGGACCACAGAGACGAGGACUUCUCCAAACCCAAGGUGGCCUUCAGGGCCUUUGGCGGCGAAGGACAGAAGCUGGGAACUGCCACCCCAGAGCUGGUUAACUCCCCCGCCUCCUCGCAGCAGGACCAGUUAGCUAACGAGGCUCAGGCCAGCGCCACCGUCAGCCUGGACUCCUCCCAGCCCGUCACCAAUAUCCAGAUCAGACUGCAUGACGGAGGCCGGUUGGUGCAGAGGUUCAACCACACCCACAGGGUGUCAGAUCUGCGGCAGUUUCUGGUGGGGGCCCGGCCCCUCAUGGCCGCCAGUGAAUUCGUCCUGAUGACCACCUUCCCCAACAAGGAGCUGUCGGAUGAGAGCCUGACGCUGGAGCAGGCCAACCUCCUGAACGCCGUCAUCGUGCAGAGGCUAACCUGAGGGGGAGAGUAAGAGCAUCCACCCUCCACACUCCCUCCCCGGGGGGUGUGGCUGAGUUACCUGCUUCUGAGGGAGGGGGAAACAUGGACUUAUGUAUGGACUUCUCAUUUCUGAAUUUUUGUUUUUCUAAAGUGAAACCCCCACUCUCAACCUCCUCCCCCCCUUCUGCGGUGACGGGGGCACUUUAAAUCUUCUACUUUGGAACAGAUAAAUUAAGAGCUGUAAGAUACGCCUACAGAUGCUGUAGGAUGUUCUGAUGGGGGGGUGUUUACUGACAGUGGUAGAUGGUUUAACCCAAACACAGCUUCCUGCACAGAUGUUCACUAAACUUCUUUUUCCUUUGCCCUGCUCCCCAUUUCCCUCCCCUAUUAACCUGAAUUUGGCCCUUCAGCUCAGUUUACUAUCAGGAGCUGGGGCCUCGCCCCACAUAAGGAGUAUUAGUGUUAUUACAGUAAUGUGGUUUUGUACAAGUUUCCACUUCCCUCCACAUGAGAGAAGUGUAAUAGUGACAAAACACUGAAGAGAGAUUUUCUUUGACCUAUACCAGUAGCCUUACACUCAUUCACCUGCAGAACCACAACCGUCCCUCUGAUCAAAUUAAGAUUAUUUUUUUAAACUGCCCCCCGCCCCCCUCUUUAUUCCUUUUUAUUUCCUUUACAACUUUACAGUUAGACGGUGGCAUUUUGAUACGGUGUAACAUGAAGAUCUGUUGCGCCUGGCUUUAUGUUCAAACCAAUGGUCGAGCUGAAGAACAUUUAGAUUGUAAACACUGGUUUGUAGAAGUUGAAUUCCUAUGACACUGACAUCUUCUAUGCAUCCUGGGGCAACAAGGAAAUAUGUUCGGACCUCUGGUGAAAUAAAUCCAUUUUAUGGUUGAUGUAUGAAGAA